AUGCUUGUUCGUCCCGACGAAAAGAAUGACGAAGACCUGUCGUCAUCGUCCAUAGCUCCACAGAAUGCCUGGGAUGCCUCGGAAAAGACACCAGGCACGCCAAUUGCAGAAGCCGAGGAUCACGUCUCACAACAAGAGCCUCCUCAGCAGCAGACCUUUGUACCUCCCAACGGAGGGUUUGAAGCGUGGUUGUUGGUCUUUGCGGGUUUCCUGGUCUUUGCCAACGUCUGGGGCAUCGUGAGCACAUUUGGCGCCUUUCAAGCAUUCUUCAUCAGAGACCUGCUCGCCAACGAGUCGGCGUCGGCGAUAUCAUGGAUCGGUAGCGUCCAGGCGUUCCUGGUCGUCUUCACGGGCGUCUUUGGCGGGCCCCUGUUCGACCGCGGCUAUCUCAGGUCGCUCGUCUUUGCCGGUUGUUUCCUGACCGUCUUCGGCAUGAUGAUGACCAGUCUGGCCAGGUCCUACUACCAAGUCUUCCUGGCCCAGGGUGUUUGUGUCGGCCUGGGGGCGGGACUCUCGUAUGUGCCGACUUUGGCGCUCAUCUCGAUCUUCUUCACCACCAGACGGCCCAUCGCAGUCGGGGCUGCGGCGGUGGGCUCGAGCGUGGGCGGCGUCAUCUUUCCCAUCAUGUUCCGCCAACUACAGCCACGCAUUGGGUAUGGCUGGACCGUCCGCUGUAUUGCCUUUAUCAACCUGGCUUUCGCAGUGCUCAUCUGCCUGAUUCUUGGUAGACACAAGAAAGAGGGGUCCACUCAAGCACGGUCUCUCUGGGAUUUGACCGCGAUCCGGGAGCCCGUCUUUCUCUCCUGGGUCGCCUCCUUGUUCUUCCUGUUUUUGGCCUACUAUAUCCCUCUGUUCUUUAUUGUCUCUUGGGCACGCUGGGUCUUGGACACGUCGGAAGACAUGGCUUUCUAUAUGCUCGCCAUCUUGAAUGGUGGAUCUUUCCUCGGCCGCACGUUCCCAUACCUUCUGGGCCAACGGGUCAAGCCCAUCUACACUCUGAUCUUCUCCGCCGUCCUCGGCACCGUGCUCAUCUUCUCCUGGAUCGCCAUCCACAGCUCGGCCGCAUUUAUUGUUUGGUGUGUCCUCUGGGGAUUCGUCGCCGGGGUCUUGGUGACGGCUCCGACCUCGACGAUGCCGCAUCCUGUGAUAUCACCAAAUCUGGGGGUGAUUGGCACCAGGAUGGGAAUGGGCUGGAGUGCCGGAGCCGUUGGGUCUAUCAUCGGGUCUCCCAUCGCUGGAGCCCUAGCAAACGUCGCCGCGGGAAAGUUUCUCCACGCGCAGAUAUUUGUCGGUGUGGUCAUGGCAGCAGGGGCGGUCUUCUUGGUUCCGGUGCUGAUUGCAAUCGAGAGGCAUGAUCGUAAAUCUAAGCGUUGA